AUGAAACGCAAGUCUCAUUCUAGUGCCGCGCUUCCGCGCUCGUCUCGUCGCCAUCACAGCACCUCUCCUCCCGAAGACACGUCUGUCUCUGUUCAAGACGCUGUUAGUGGUCCUGGUAGAGCGGUCGUCUCGAGAGAACGCGCGCUCUACUUUGCCACGGGAGAACACGUCGUCCCCAGCGUCACACAAGACGUAGAGGAGGAGAAUGAAUCGUGGCCUGGCUAUUUCGCAACGGCACAGCAGCUCCAUGACAAUCGAGAAGCAGCGCAGGCAGCACGUAAGCAACAACAAGAGGUAGAACAACCCGAUAAUGAGACACUAAAUGUUGUAUGGACCCCUCAACGUCCUGCACGCUCGUCCGUCUUGACUGCAGACGACGUGGUACAAAAACUAAAGUAUUUAGCACUACAGAGUUUAGCCGAACAUGUCGAACAGUUGCCAACUCUCAAGUACAUUGAUGCUGCUGCACGACAUCAAGUGGCUCGAGCAGUUGUAAAGCUUCGGAGACUUCAGCCGGAGGUGUUGCCACUGUUUAUUUUCCCUGGUGUGACGGAGAUUGACAUUCCCGAUUGCUCAACUAUUGACGAGGAUACGAUGUUAAAAGCGUUGACAGAGUGUGCAGCUCAUGGACUGGUUCUAACAGUAUUAAGACUGGGACUUUGUGGACGCUGUGUCUCGGACAAUGUUAUUGACGAACUUGGUGACGCAUUGAGGACAGUGGAACAGCUGCAAAUGCAGGGAUGUUAUCGACUUUCAGAUACUGGAUGCAAAAUUCUCGUGCGACGCUGUGCUCCAUCGCUUGAGUCGUUCGAGAUCUCAUGUAAUCAACGAAUUACGAAAAAGUCGAUUGAUUCUUUUUGUGAGCUACAGAAUUUGCAUUCGUUGACUUUAUCCGAGUGUCCACAGAUUGAUGAUGCAAGUUUAGAGUCACUUAAGAGCAUGAAAAAGCUUAGAAAAUUGAAGCUGAAUCAAAUGGAACGACUGUCUGAUGGGUUUAUCAUCUCGUUGGCACAAAAUUUACCGGAUCUGGAAGAAUUCUCUAUCGCACGAUGUUCGCAACUGACCAACAUUGCUGUAAGAGGGAUGCUAGAGUCUUGUCGCGGGUUGAAGGUACUUGAUGUGUCAGAUUUGCAUCAGAUCACGGAUGCGUGCCUUGAACCCGUUCGAGAACACAGUCACGCUCUUCGCCAAGUUUCAAUGCGGUGCUGCUUGAGGCUGACAGAUGUCGCAUUCCAGCACCUUGCUUAUGGCGCCAACUCGUAUCUUGAAGUGCUUGAAAUGUCCAGUGUGUCGCAAGCUACGGACGCAUCUAUGAUGGCUUUGCUGGAGCACUGUGCAAUGAGUUUGACGACGCUCGAUAUUUCAUUCUGCAGGAACAUUACCGAUGAUGCGCUCGGUGUUUUGGCAGAUGGGACUCAAAACCUCCGCUCGCUGGUGCUUUGGGGUUGCACUCAGGUCACGGCCCGCUUUCUGACACGUCAUUCUCAAGACGAGUUAAUUGUCACUGGUCAUCCUUUACUCACAGGACUCUCGAUCCGAUACUAA